AAUUUGAAUUUUCCUCUUCAUUUUGGAAUCUUUAGUUGGUGUACAUACAUAAUUCCAAGUUCCUCAUUAUGGCUGAUAAGCUGACAAGAAUUGCUAUUGUCAACCAUGACAAGUGUAAGCCAAAGAAAUGCCGCCAGGAAUGCAAGAAGAGCUGUCCUGUGGUUCGAAUGGGAAAACUGUGCAUAGAAGUAACAUCGCUGUGCAAGAUUGCAUGGAUUUCUGAAACACUAUGUAUUGGUUGUGGUAUUUGCAUUAAGAAAUGUCCUUUUGGAGCCUUGUCAAUUGUGAACUUACCUAGCAACCUGGAGAGAGAAACAACACACCGAUAUUGUGCCAAUGCCUUCAAACUUCACAGGUUGCCUAUUCCACGCCCAGGGGAAGUGCUGGGAUUAGUUGGAACGAAUGGUAUUGGAAAGUCAACUGCCUUGAAAAUCUUAGCAGGAAAACAGAAGCCAAACCUUGGGAAAUAUGAUGACCCACCUGACUGGCAAGAAAUCUUGACUUACUUUCGAGGGUCUGAAUUGCAGAACUACUUCACAAAGAUCCUGGAAGAUGACCUCAAGGCCAUCAUUAAACCUCAGUAUGUGGACCAGAUUCCUAAAGCUGCUAAAGGAACAGUGGGCUCUAUAUUGGACAGGAAGGAUGAGACUGGAACACAGACCAUUGUAUGUCAACAGCUGGAUUUGACCCAUCUUAGAGAACGAAAUGUUGAAGAUCUGUCAGGAGGGGAACUUCAAAGAUUUGCCUGUGCUGUGGUUUGCAUUCAAAAAGCUGACAUCUUCAUGUUUGAUGAGCCCUCCAGUUACCUAGAUGUUAAGCAACGUCUGAAGGCUGCCAUUACUAUUCGAUCAUUAAUAAAUCCAGACAGAUACAUUAUUGUUGUGGAGCAUGACCUGAGUGUGCUGGAUUAUCUCUCAGACUUUAUCUGCUGCUUAUAUGGUGUGCCAAGUGCUUACGGAGUCGUUACCAUGCCUUUCAGUGUAAGAGAAGGCAUAAAUAUAUUCUUGGAUGGCUAUGUUCCCACUGAGAAUCUAAGGUUCCGCGAUGCGUCCUUAGUUUUCAAAGUGGCAGAGACAGCUAAUGAAGAAGAAGUAAAGAAGAUGUGUAUGUAUAAAUAUCCUGGAAUGAGAAAAAAGAUGGGGGAAUUUGAGCUGGCAAUUGUUGCUGGAGAAUUCACUGACUCGGAGAUCAUGGUCAUGCUGGGGGAAAAUGGAACUGGCAAGACAACAUUCAUUCGCAUGCUUGCAGGAAGACUUACACCCGAUGAUAAAAACGAAGUGCCAGUUUUAAAUGUCAGUUACAAGCCACAGAAGAUCAGUCCUAAGUCUACAGGAAGCGUACGUCAGCUGCUUCAUGAAAAGAUUCGAGAUGCCUAUACACACCCGCAGUUCGUGACUGAUGUAAUGAAGCCUCUCCAAAUAGAAAAUAUCAUUGAUCAAGAGAUUCAAACAUUGUCUGGUGGUGAGCUACAGCGGGUCGCUCUCACACUCUGUCUUGGGAAGCCUGCCGAUGUCUACCUGAUUGAUGAACCUUCUGCCUACCUGGACUCGGAGCAACGUUUGAUGGCAGCCAGAGUUAUCAAACGUUUCGUUCUUCAUGCUAAAAAAACUGCCUUUGUUGUGGAACAUGACUUCAUCAUGGCCACCUACCUAGCAGAUCGUGUUAUCGUGUUUGAUGGCAUUCCAUCUAAGUGCACAGUGGCAAACAGUCCCCAAUCUCUGUUGGCCGGCAUGAAUAAAUUUCUGUCUCAGCUUGGGAUUACUUUCAGAAGAGAUCCAAACAAUUUCAGACCAAGAAUAAACAAACUCAAUUCAAUCAAGGAUGUGGAACAGAAGAAAAGUGGAAACUACUUUUUCUUGGAUGAUUAAAUGAAAUGUUAAUCAGUUUAUAAAACUGAAACCUUUGUUAUAUGAAACUCAAUCAGGUUUUAAAAUCCCGCACUCAUUCCAGAGAUAAAAAUAGUGGCAUGGUCUACUGCCCCACAACAGUGACAAGGCCAUCUUUUGGAUGUAAUAUUUCAAAGCAGUGACAGCUUAAGUUACCAUCCCAAGAGAUAAUGAACUUUUUCACAAUUUGGGGAGAUUUGGGUUCAGAUAUAACUUAUUAAUGUACCAAAUGCUGACAUGUUUCCAAUUUUCAGUCUUUAAGCUGGUUUCUGUACAAGAUGGUUUACAAAAAAGUCAAAAUAUAGAUUGCUAUUUUAAAAAAAAAAACACUUGAAUCUCUCUGACUGAGGGUUUCAUAAAUAAAUGUCCACCUAAACCUA